AUGGCGGACCUCGACGUCGCAAGCCACUACAACCUUCCCUCCGAGUUCCCGGACGAAUGGCCAGCAACUCUGGACGAGGCUGAUCAACCCGAACAUGAGCCAGUUCAGCGAUCAGAUUCACGCCCCCGCAAGUCACGAUACAUCGCCCUCGAACGAAGUCCCAGCGAUUGGAGGAGCAACUUCGGCCCACGACGCGGGAAGGAUGGCAGGGAGACAGCACAGAAGGAUGAGCCAGAUCCAUUGGGUACCAGUGACAGUGUCCUGAGGAUCCUGAAACAACGAGGCAUGCCAUUAGAGGAAGAGAAUGGGAAUCGCUCUCGGUUCUUGUUAUCGUCAACGUCAUUCUCGCCCGCGCUCUUUCUGUCCCAGGCGCACCACUCGGCAUCUAUCGAAUCGCUAACUAGCGGCCUCGACAACCUAUCGCACUCUAUCGAUCAAAAGUCCGCGUCGCUGAAAGUGUUGGUCGAGGCCAACUUCGAGCGCUUCGUCCGCGCCAAGGCAACCAUUGACAGCGUCUACACAGAGAUGAGGAAUCAGGGCGUGGAAAAGCAACCUGGUCUGGGUCCUCGCAGAUCAGGUCACUUCCGCAGCUAUUCAGGUCAGCAACGAAGUGUCUCUCCCGCCCCAGUGGCGGCCAAGAAGACUGCGCUCGUCAAGGAGAGCGAGUAUGGCAUGAAAGGUAUCCGCGGCCCGUUGGUUGAGGCAUCCGUGAAAGCAGAGGAAGUGUGGGGUCCAGCUCUCGGAGGUCGGGAGCGAGAGCAAAUGCUUAAAUCUGUGGUCGAAACCAUGGAGAAGAAUCGUGACGUUUAUGAAAUUGGAAGUAAUUUGUCAAAGUCCAUUCAGCAACGCGACUAUGAAGCUGUUUUCGAGCAGUACACAAAAGCCAGAACCAUUGCCAAUCAGGCCAAGGAUAUUGCCGAGAGAGCCUCAUCCAGCCCACGUCGCCAAUUGAAUGACACUGAGACACAUACAAUCCUAGCUAUGGGUCGAAUGUGGGUGGAUGUUGAUCAGCAAAUCCACGAUUUCAAGCGUGAGCUCUGGAGACGUCUAGCCGAUGCCCCCACUAUAUCAACUACAACCACUGCUUUGGGUCCCGUUGAAGAACACAUGGAGCUGAUUGGGGCGUUGUUGGAGUUGGGUGUUGAAGACAACCCGAUCUGGACAUGGCUUCAAAGUCGAUUCGAUUUCCUGAAGGCCAAAAUCUCCGGUUUCUCCGAGCGAUGCAAGGUCGAAAUCGAAAUUCUACGGCGAAGACUUGCAGGUGGAGAUAAGCCAACCGCCCAAGCAAUUGCGUCGUAUCUACGCCUAGCACCCCGAGAAGGCUCAACCGAAAGUCCAGAGCGGCUCGAUACCGAUCAAGUCAUUGAGCUGUGGGAAUGUAUACAGGCGUUCUUGAACAGACUUCUUUCUUCACAAAAUGGCUUGCUUGGCGAGGUAUUGGAUUUCUGGGAGGUGGCACAAUCUUUCAUCGAUGGCAAUCGGCAGCGGCUUUUGCCUGCCGGGUUUGAGGGGGAAAGUCGCAAACAUCACCGACUUUCUACAGAGAACAUCCGGGAGUUAGAGAGAGGGGUGGUGGAGCUGGUCAAUCUCAUUCGAGAGAAUGUCGUGCUCCUUUUCACAGAACCCCCUAUUGAAGAUGUUUCUUUACUUUUCUCUCCAGUGCCACCGAGUCCCUCGACCCCAGAGUCCAGAGGCAUCACUCCGACCGAAUCUCGAUUCAAGCUGGAUCCAAAGAACCUGCCUUUCCCGCCUCCAAAGCUAGGGGAAUAUUGGGAGGAAUAUGCCUUCUGGCCUCCAUAUUCUAAUUCGCUCAGUGGAGUGCAUUACCUGAGCAAAUUCCUCAUCAUUGUGGGAACCGCUGCCAGUGAAAUGGCAGCAUUGCGGCCCGUUGGUGGCAGCGGGAAAACACACGAUCUUCUCAAAGUUCUCGUCAGUGUGGCCAGGGAUCGAUGUGCUCGCGUAGCAUGUGCCUCCUGGAGCAAAGAUGCGGAAGUCUGCAAGCUGCUUGAGGACUGGACUCGCGAUUCGGAGAAGCGAGAUUUGACCAAGAUGCCCGGAUUCUUUGUGGCAUUUGAAGGAGCUAUCCUUGGUGGAAUGCAGAAGAUCCUUUAUAUUUCAGAAGCAAUGGCAAAGCCUGGCACCGUGGAUGUUGUCACCCAGCCUCCUGCAAAACUUCUCCAGAUGGUUCGCGCCCAGUUCGUAUCAAGUGUCUACAAGGCACUGAGCGGGCUAGUGGAAAACGCUGAGCGUCUUGCGACAGCUGAAGAGGAGAAUGAGUGGAUAAUUGCUCGGCCAGCUUUAACAAGUCAGGUCACAGAUGCUGCCAUGUCUGUGUUUUCGGCAGACUCGGUCGAUUCUUUGAACAGGAACGUUCGGAUCCUCCUAACUCUCUCCAAUCUCAAGGCUCUACAAGCCGACCACGUCCCGCAAUUGAUAUCCAACUUCGAGACCUCCUUCUCAGUUAAGUUGACGGAAGAAGCCAAGACCGUUCGGGACGUCCUCAGCCAAAUCGAAGACCGACUGUUCCAGUCAUAUGUCAACCCCACUGCUGCGUUGCUGGAUAAGACCAUCACAGCGGGCAUUGCAUCUCCAGACUGGGAGCCUUCAACCGAGCGUCCGGAGCAAGUUCGACCAUAUGUCUACAACGCCAUGUUGACCAUGGUGCUAGUUCACACGGAGAUCUCCACAACCAUUCCUUCCACCGUAUCAUCAAGCUCCAGCCGAAGCUCUCCAAACGCGCCCUUCUCCUUGCUGGCCACUGUUCUGACACAUCUCUUGUCCAAAAUCUCUUCAUCGUUGCUCACUGCCUUCCGUGCUCGGUCUUCAUUUUCAUUGGCCUCUCUCAUGCAAGCUACCUUGGAUACUGAGUUCAUUGCACAAACCCUCGCUCAGUACGCGACGGAGGAGGCAUCAAACGUGCAAAGCCAAAUCUACGUGGAACUAGAUCGCCGAACCACCAACGAAGCCCGGACAAAGCUUCAGGCUGAGUUAGGUGAGAUGCGAGUGGUGCUGAAAAGGUUGAGGGAUCGCACAAAGGGCGAAUUCGCUUGUUUCAGAAAGCCCAGGAGUGCCGGUACCAGCUCCAAACCUUCAAAUUAG